AUGAGUGACAGCCCAAGCCGAGGUCCCCUCUCGGGGGCCCUUGAGACCAGUCACUCCAUGGAGCGUCCACCUAAGCGAUCUAAGAGCUCGGUGACCUCCCAACCCGUUAUUGCUAAAAUUUGUUACUUGAAACCGGAUUCAGGGCCGUGUAGAGCGGAUAUAGCGAUGUACUAUUUCAGUCCUGAAACCAAUGACUGUCCACGUUUCAGCUGGGGUGGUUGUCAGGGUAACGGUAAUAGGUUCGACACAAAACAGGACUGUUUAUCAACAUGUUUAAGUCAACCGGAUAGACAGAAUAUACGACCACCAUAUUGUUCUCUUACUUUCGACUAUGGUUAUUGUUUCGGUGCUGUACCACGUUGGUAUUUCGACCCUCGAUGGAAGGUUUGCAAGAAAACAAUAUAUUCAGGAUGUGGUGGAAACAAAAAUAAUUUCUACUCUAUGCCACAGUGCGAUUCAAUAUGUCGCUUCGGUACGGGAAGGAUAAAGGAGAAGAAAGAUAUGGUUGGAGAUCCUAAAAAAGUGUUGAUUAUAAAUCCAACAGGCGCUACAAGAGCAAGAGUCGAUAAAAAUUAAA